GGCCUGUUAUGUAGUGUUAAGUUGUAAACUGACCUUUAUAUUUGUAAACCUGCCUUAACAUUAGUGACAUGGUGUGAAGUGUGAAGUGAAGAUGGCAACGCAGAUGGACAAUUGACAGAGAGGUCGAGGGGGCUCUUCAGAUAUAAUCCGAAUGUAAUAAAUGAGUUUGUAUUCAAUAAAUACUAAAUAAGAAACUGUCGUCAAUUCUAUAAUUCUAACAAUAAGCCCACAAGAAGAACAUAACAUGGUGUCAGAAGUAAAAAGUUAAGUAAAAUAUCGAAGAGUCGUUACAAGAGUCAAAAGAAAAAGUCGUAACAUAACCUAACAACACGUGGCCAGUGUUAAGAAAUUUAAUAAAAAGCAGUCAAAGAGAAAAAGAUUAACCAUGGCAGAACAAGAUGCAGCAGAGCAGAACCAACCUGUCCUUGUAAAAAUAAAAAGUAACAUAGUAGGCAAUGAAAUUCAACCUUUGUCGAUGGAUGGAAAUUUAGCUUUCAACUGGGAACAAUGGUGCAUGAAUUUUAAAAUAUUUUUGAGGGCUACAGGUUUAGAGGAAGAAAAUGAUGCGAGAAAGGUAGCUCUAUUAUUACAUUACAUUGGUAUAGAGGCAAGAAAUAUUUAUAAGUCAUUUGAGGUUAACAUGGAUACAGUAACAUUUAAAGAAGUAGUAGAAAAAUUUGAAAAAUAUUGUAACCCGAAGAAGAAUUUAACAGUAGAAAGACAUUAUUUUCUUACUAGAGUACAGAAAGAUGGUGAAACCAUUGAAGAUUUCAUGACAAGUUUAAAAAAUUUGAGUUUAACAUGUGAAUUAGGAGAUUUGAAAGAAAGUUUGGUAUGUGACAUGUUCAUUAUUGGUUUAAAUCCUAAACACCACUCAAUUAAGCAAAAACUAUUGCAAGAAGCAGAUCUGAAGACAGAAAAGGUAUUACAAAUUGCUCAAAAUAUAAUAACAACUCAAAUGCAAGUACAGCAGUUAAAUAAAAAUUCAGAAGCAGUGGUAUACAAAGUCGAGAAGAAUAAAGAUGAUCCAGGUCCAAAUGAUUACCAAAAUAACGGUUACAAGAGUCACAAUUCAAAUCGUCCGAGGUAUAGGAAUGAAGUCCCAGGUCCAAGUUGGAGAAAUGAUAAUCAACAGUAUAACGUAGAUGGUACAAACAAUCAAAGUCAGGUAACGAGUCAGAACUUUAAUUUUAGAUCAAGAAAUAAUUUAUAUGCAAAUCAGGAUAGGAAUAAUGAAAAUAACCAAGUGGUAAGAAAGGUUUGUCAAAGAUGUGGUGAAAACCAUAGAAAUAAAUGUCCAGCACUAGUAGCUAUUUGUUAUUUUUGUAAUAAACAAGGUCAUUAUGCAAGAUGUUGUUUAACUAAAAGAGUAAAUAAUAUAAAUUUAAGAGAAAAUACAGAACAACCAUCUAAUAAUGGAAAUGAUUCAUCUUUUGUUAUUAAAACAAUUAGUCAGAACAGUAUUAAUCAGAAUUGGUCAAUUGUAGUCAGAAUCAAUAAAAUAAAUGUAUUAUGUUAUUUAGAUACAGGUGCACAAGCUAAUGUUAUGUCAAUAAAAAAUUUUAAUGAGGUUAAUGUAGAAAAGUUAGAACUAGUACCUACAUGUAUAAAUUUAAAGUCUUUUUCAAACGAUGUGAUACCUGUAGCAGGAAAAGUAAAUUUGUUAUGUGAAAUUGAGAAUAGGUUAGAAAGUAUUGAGUUCAUUGUUGUGAAUUUGGAGUGUCAAACAAUUUUGGGUCUAGAUACUUGUCAAAAGUUAAAAUUAAUUAAAAGAGUUAGUCUAGUAAGUCAUGAGUCUAUCAUAGAGAAAAAUAAAGAAGUUUUUACUGGUCUAGGUUGUCUACCUAAUAUAUGUCACUUAGAAGUUGAUAAAAAUAUUAAACCUAUAAUAGAACCGCCAAGAAGAAUACCUUUUUCUUUACAUGAUAAAUUAAAAGAAGAAUUAAACAGAAUGUUGUCUACGAGGGUUAUAGAAAAAGUCAAUGAAGCGAGUGAAUGGGUAAAUUCAAUAGUCUUAGUCGAAAAAAAUAAUAAAAGUUUGAGAGUUUGUCUGGAUCCUCGUAAUUUAAACAAGGCUUUAAAAAGAUGUCAUUAUCCCAUACCAACAUUUAAUGAGAUUAGGUCAAAAUUAGCAAAAGCAAAAUAUUUUUCAACGUUAGAUGCACAAUCAGGGUUUUGGAUGAUACAAUUAGAUUUAGAGAGUUCUAAGCUAUGCACAUUUAAUACACCCUUUGGAAGGUUUAGAUUUACAAGAUUACCUUAUGGUAUAAGCUGCGCUCCUGAGAUUUUUCAUAAAGUAAUGAAUGAAAUAGUCGGAGACAUACAAGGAGUCUGUUUGUAUAUAGAUGAUAUUCUAAUUUAUAGUGAAACUUUGGAAGGUCACAAUAAAAUACUAGAACUAGUACUAGAGAGGGCAAAACAAUUCAAUUUAAGAUUCAAUAUGGAUAAAUGUAAAUUUCUAUUGUCAGAUAUUAAAUAUUUGGGUCACAUUUUUAAUGCAGAAGGCAUAUAUCCAGAUUCUAGUAAGGUGAGUGCAAUUUGUCAAAUGGCUAUUCCUAACUGUGUAGCUGAUAUUAGAAGAUUUUUGGGAAUGAUUAAUUAUUUAGGUGAGUACAUAGAUAAUUUAGCAGAGCGUACAAAGAAUUUAAGGUUGUUAUUGAAAAAAAAUAUUAGUUUUCAUUGGACAGAAGAGCAUGGAAGAGAAUUUGAGUCGCUUAAAGAAACUAUUAGUCAAACGCCUGUACUAGCAUAUUUUGAUAACAAUCUACCUUUAACAUUAUCAGUUGAUAGUUCAAAGUUUGCAGUUGGUGCAGUAAUUUUACAAAACAAAAAACCUAUAGCAUAUGCAUCUAAAUCUUUGUCACAGUCUCAGUCAAAUUACGCACAAAUAGAGAAAGAGUUGUAUGCAAUCCAGUUCGGAUGUACUAGAUUUAAACAAUAUAUAUAUGGUAGAAAAGUACAAGUUGAAACAGAUCACAAACCAUUAGUCAGUCUUUUUAAGAAACCAUUAUCUGAGGUUCCAGCACGUUUGCAAAGGAUGAUGCUAAACUUACAGCUUUAUGAUUUGGAAGUUAGUUAUACUCCAGGAAAAUUUCUUUUCAUCGCAGAUACAUUAAGUAGGGCACCAGUAGAAGGUCCAGAUAAUACUGAUAGUGGAGAUGAAGAGUUACGUAUACAUGGAAGUCUAUUAGUUAACAAUUUAGCUGUGUCUUCAAAGAAAUUAAUGGAAAUACAGGCAGCAACCAAAACUGAUGGAGUUUUACAAUCAUUAAUAACAUAUUAUAAUGAAGGUUGGCCAAGUUCUAAAAAUAAACUGGAAACAGAAAUUAAACCAUAUUACAAUUUUAGUCAUGAAAUACAUGUUGUAGAUGGUCUAGUCUUCAAAGGAAACCAAAUAGUAAUUCCUGAGUCAUUGCGUCAAGUCAUAUUAGAAAUAAUUCAUGAAGGUCAUUUAGGAUAUGAAAAAUGUGUUCGACAAGCACGUACAGUGGUUUUUUGGCCAGGCAUGACAAUGGAUAUAAAGAAUAAAGUUGAACAGUGUCCAGCAUGUAUUAAAUAUCAUAAAUCAAAUAGUCCAGAACAACUAUUACUACAUGAAAUACCAACUUUGCCUUGGCAGAAAAUUGGUGUCGAUUUUUUUUAUUAUAGUAAAGUCACAUAUAUAUUAUUAGUAGACUACUAUUCCAAAUACUUUGAAAUAGCACCUUUAAAUAAUACUUCAGCAAAAGAGGUAAUUAGUACAAUGAAGUCUAUAUUUGCGAGACAUGGAAUACCAUUGAUCUUAAUGUCUGAUAAUGGUCCUCCAUUCUCAUCAAAAGAAUUUCAGUCAUUUUUAGCAGAUUGGGAUAUUUCUUAUCAAAGUUCUAGUCCUUAUUAUCCAAAAAGUAAUGGUUUGAUAGAAAGAACAGUUCAGACUGUAAAGAAUAUUUUUAACAAGUGUAUAGAGUCAGGCUCUGAUCCUUAUCAGGGAAUAUUGCAAUACAGAAAUACGACAUUAGAAUGUGGUUAUUCUCCAGCUCAGUUAUUAAUGUCACGUAAUUUAAGAAUGAAAUUACCAGUUAGUGAAAAUAUACUCAUACCAAAAACAAUAGAUAGAGAUGAAUAUAGCAAAUUCAUGAAGGAAAAAGAAAGGAAAGUGAAAGAAUAUCACGAUCGGUCAGCAAGAAAUCUACCAAAUCUGUUUGUUGGGGAAAAUGUAUUUUAUAAAAAGGUUCCAUCAUCACCGUGGUUACCUGCUACUGUGAUAGAAAUAGGUCCUUUUCCAAGAUCAUAUGUCGUCAGAACACCUGAAGGUGUACAUUAUCGUAGGAACAGACAACACAUAUUAAAGCCUGCCAGUACAAUUAGUAGACAUGAUAGUGAAGUGUUAGUUAAGCAUGAAAAUAGUACAGCAGCUAGUUCCACUUUGCAUGAGAUUCCAAAUAUGAACAACAAUACAACAAUUUCAACUCAAAGUUAUAACAAUUCGAAUGUUAACGUAGAUAGGACACACAGACAAAAUGUAAAUAAUCAAUUUUGUACCAGGAGUGGUCGAAUAGUAAAUAGACCAAAAAGGUUUUCAUUUUCAGAAUAGUAAUGUGGCAAUGUAAUAUUGCAAGUAUAUUUUUUAAUUUGAAUGGAUAGGUUAGUUUUUUUUGUUAAAAAAAAAAGGGGCAUGUUAUGUAGUGUUAAGUUGUAAACUGACCUUUAUAUUUGUAAACCUGCCUUAACAUUAGUGACAUGGUGUGAAGUGUGAAGUGAAGAUGGCAACGCAGAUGGACAAUUGACAGAGAGGUCGAGGGGGCUCUUCAGAUAUAAUCCGAAUGUAAUAAAUGAGUUUGUAUUCAAUAAAUACUAAAUAAGAAACUGUCGUCAAUUCUAUAAUUCUAACAAUAAGCCCACAAGAAGAACAUAACACGGCCCUCGCAUAUACUGUAACUUUUAGCGACAAGGAAUCUGUAGAAUAAACAGUUAGUAUUGUAGCUAGUAUUUUGACCAUAUACAUAUCAAGAGCAGACAAGGCAUACUGAGUAGUGAUGUAGAUUAUAGUUACUUUCGAGUAAUCGUUACAAAUCGUUACUUUUGAAUAAAGUAAUCAUUUACAGUAUUCGUUACUUUGAUUACUUUUGUUACUUUUGUAUUUGAGUACCGGUAAUCAUAUGGCGAAUCGCAUUUCUCAGUACAUAUUUUGUAUUAGUAGGAUAAUUUGAUUAGUAUGAUUACUAUUGUACCUAUUUGAGUACCGGUAAUCAUAUCGAGAAUUGCAUUUCUCAGUAUUUCGUAUAAGAUCCGAUAUAACAACGACCUUCACCGAUCUAUUUAAUGGAUAGAAAUUAAAUGAUAUGACUUACCUAUCCGCCGUGUGCAAGUACUUGGAGGGGAUACGAGAAACGAUCGUGCGCGAAUAGCGGAGAAAUCUUGCAACUUUCUUAAAUAAUUCAUUAUCCAUUGAAAUUGUCAAAUUGACGUAGGUAUAUUUCAUAUCUACUGUCAACGAAGAAGAAAAAUUAUAUGUUGCUCCACAAUAUUGAUAUGAUAUGCAACUAUUAUAUAAAAGUAAAUUUAAUUAAUUGUAUUUUGCGUGUAGUAGUGCAUUUUAAUAAUUAAAUUUAUUUACUACAUACAAUUGUUUACCUUUUAAUAACAUAACCUUAAUAUUACUUUUUCUUCUUAUAAUUUUUUUGGGCUAUGGCCUUGACAAUUGUCCAGUAACCAGGACCAAUAUGAUUGGCCAACAAAAUUAAAAGUGCGAAAAAUGUUGCCGAGCUAUGAAACCAGGUGUCGCUUUUCCGAACUUACACGGUCCCAAUACAGGGUGUCCCGAAAAGAUUGGUCAUAAAUUACAACAUACAUUCUGAGGUCAAAAAUAGUUCGAUUGAACCUAACUUACCUUAGUACAAAUGUGCUCAUAAAAAAAGUUACAGCCCUUUGAAGUUACAAAAUUAAAAUCGAUUUUUUUCAAUAUAUUAAAAACUAUUAGAGAUUUUUUAUUGAAAAUGGACAUGGGGUAUUCUUAUGACAGGAACAUCUUAAAACAAAAUUGUAGUGAACUUUGUCCAACCCAUAAAAAUUUUAUGGGGGUUUUGUUCCCCUAAAUCCCCCCAAACUUUUGUGUACGUUCAAAUUAAUUCAUUAUUGUGGUACCAUUAGUCUUUUAUUACCAUUAGUUUCUAAAACUUUUUUGCCUCUUAGUAUUUUUUAGAUAAGCCAGUUUUUAUCGGGAUGCUCUUUUUUAAUAUGUUUACAUAAAAAUUUUAUGGGGGUUUUGUUUUUUUAAACCCCCAAAUGUUUGUGUACGUUUCAAUUAAACUAUCCCUAACAACACACAACAUUCCAGGAAUGUACUACCAAAGUUCUAUCAAUAUUUGAAUGUCCUGGACAUUUAGGGAACAUUCGGUGAACAUCUGUUUAAAUUAUUCCUGGAAUGUUACCAUAAGACAUUCUGUGAACAUACUACCAAUGUUCCUAUAUUUUAAGUUGCGAAAUAAUACAUACGUGUAAGAGAUACAACAUUACUUAUAACAUACCAGACAAACUAAGUGACAUUUUAGGCCUACAGUGCAAUAAUAUGUCUUUAAAGAGUUUCCCAAGAUUAUAAACAUACAAAUGUAAUAAAAAUUAUUGUUCGCGAAUAUUCAAUUUGGAAUGCGAUUUUGUUAAUAAAAAAAAUACUUAUAACUUAUGCAAAACCCAAGAGAGGCAUUUAUAUUUAUUUCUUUUGCGUUCAUUUUCAAAUUCGCCGUGCAUAUAUUUUUGUGCAUGGCGCUUGAGAGGGCAUCACGUGACUAAAAACGACCAACCAACGACCUCGCUUCGGCCAUCUUGGCAUCUUCAUCUUGGCGACCUUGCCUUGCCGUGGAUUGUUUUUAGUUGUUUGUAUUAUUUGUGCUUUUUAAGAAUAUUUUUUUAAUUCGGAUACUUUUAUAAUAGCUUUAAUAGUAUUAUUAACAUAGUGCAUAAAAUGGUGUCCUGUUUUUAACGCAGUUGGAGUAGCAGAAACAAAUGUAGAUAAAAAAAUCUGCAGGAAUAACCUUUCAAUUAUGACAGAAGCUCAUAACAAAUGACUGUGAAUGAAAAGCCCAUAGAUAUAUAAUACUCUAGAUUGCGCCUUACGAUCUUAAAAUGGGUGACGGUUGCGACAGAGAUAAAUGAGCCUAUUUGGUCGGUAGUCUCUUUCUAAUUCAAGGGGAGUAUCGACGACGUCACUAUCCUACUCUGUCCUCGAGUAUUUUAGAUGGUUUGACAGUUCGAGCGGAUGGCGACGAGAAUUGGUCGUUUGUUUUCGGACGUGGAUAAUCCUGGUUCGAAUCCCAUACCAAUCUUUACUUUUUUUAUUUUUUAUUUAAUCAAUAUUGCGUUUAUUAGAUAUUAUUACAUCUCUAAAGUAAAUCUAUGCAAAGAAAUAUAAUAACAAAUAAGAAAAACUGUGUAGGUACCUAUAAAUUUUUAAAAAUAUAAAAGCCAAUGUUAUUUUUUUAAUAAGUUAAUUGUAGAAUAGUAUAAAAUAAAGUAAUUGUUAAAAAUAUUCGUACAAAAUUACCAAUAAUUAAUAUCAAUAACAUAAUGUACCAUCGAUUUAUUAAUUGAAUCGGUCAUUUCAAAAACAACAUGAGUCACAUAUUCCUAAUUUUACAGAAGAGCAAAGAAAACUAUGUAACUAUAUAAGUAGUCGAAAGAUGGAUGAAAUGGAUGACAUCAAAAUUCAGAGUUAUAUUGUAGUUUUGUUCCUAAUGUUUUUACUGGACUGGUGUCGUUUUUGCACACAACGUUUAUCUUAAAGGAGUCUAUUCCUCUCAAAAAGUUAGUUUCUGAAAAUUAUGGACUUUGCUGUUUUUGAAAUGACCGAUUCAAUUAUAAGUAAUUAGACAUUAUUUUUAUUCAUGAAACUAUUGUUACAAUUUUUUAAAAAAGUAGAAGCAAAACAAACAUUCACAUCAUUCGAAUAAGGACGAAUUUAUAUUAAUAACGAAUCACUUUUAUUUUACUAUGCAGUUCACAAAUUAUGUAUUCCAAUAUUAACUUACUAUACAUACAUUUAUUAUCUGCUAGAUUUACACUUAGGUCCAUUUUUCAGAUGUAAAAAUAUCUAAUAAACGCAAUAUUGAUUAAAUAAAAAUAAAAAAAGUAAAGUUGGUAUGGGAUUCGAACCACGAUUAUCCACGUCCGAAGACCAAAGACCAUUUCCCGUCACCACCCGCUCCAACUGUCAACACAUAUUACUCGAUAAAGUGGGAUAUUCACGUCGUCGAUAUUCCCCUUAAAUUAAAAAGAGACUACCGACCAAAUAGGCUCAUUUAUCUCUGUCGCAACCGUCACCCAUUUUAAGAUCGCAGGGCGCAAUCUAGAGUAUUAUAUAUCUAUGGAAAAGCCCUAUUAAAAGGUUAGUAUGCAAAUAUGUAAACGAAAGUAUGCCCUGUAUUUCAGAAAAUAAAUUAAUACUAUUAAUACCCUAAUAAUACUAUUCAUAAAAAAUCUUUUAAGUAACGUAGAUAUAACAAAGUGAAUAAAAGGCAUAAAUCAGAAGAAUUAUUAUUUUAUUUUAUAAGUUAAUAAUUGGUCAUAUCCAUUUAUUAUUUUAAUAAUAAUUGUGAAUAAGCCACAAACUUCGCUUAUUCCUAACUAAAAUAGUAAAUAGAGAUAGGUAAUAACAAAAGGAUUUGUAAAACUAAAAUAAUUCUUUUUGCGUUUUUGCUAGUGUAUGCGUUUAUAAAUAGGAUGGUAGACCACACACUAUAAUAUGCAGUACCAACUAAUGAAUACACAGAAUAUUAUAGUCGAUUUGCUAAACUCAGUCUCAGUACUAAUUACUGUAAUUUUGGCAAAAUUGGCCAAAAACAAAAAAAAUUACCUACUAAAAUCACUAGCCAGUUGUGUCGGGGAAUCGACUAUACUAAUAAACAAUUUCUAAGCUGUUUUAUAAUAAUUUUGUGAGUUCAUUAAUCAUAUUUUUUAUUUAAAACUAAAAUUUGUUAAUAAUGCUUAGUAAUGCAUAUAUUUUGUAUUUUUAGCUUUCCAGAAGAUCCUGCGAAGAAGACAUGAAGUAUAGAUCAGAUUUGUUAAUAGAGGAGUAUGUUCAAAACACUUUUUAGAAAAAGAUAUUGACAGAACUUCACUUUCAUCUGUUCGUUUGAGAGACUGUGCUGUUCCAAUAGCUUAUGUCACACAGAAUCAGCUGAGAGAAGUGGUCUACAAAAAACCAGAAAGGAAACGGAAUAUGUGGCUACGAAAAGCAAAAGAAAGGUUUACAAAGCAAAUGUGACACAUUUUUUUAUAAUAUUUAAGAAUGUCAGCAAAUUACAUUAAAAAAUGUAUGUAAAGAUUUUUUGCAAUAAAAAUGUUUAUAUUUA